UCCCCAGAGCAUAAUAAUAAGGCAGUGGUUACGGAUCCACACGUGUAUCUUUAGCAAGAUACACACCUGUAUCUUUACAUGGCAACUGCUGAGCAGCUAGCCAGAAUUGUUGGUUCCAAGAUGAGAACCAGAGAGCAUGGAUGCGGUCGGCUAACGAUUCCUGUGGAGAAACAAUUGCUGAUCGUGCUCUACUUCAUGGCAAACCAGGGCAGCAUCCGGAGAAUCGCUGACAAAUUUGGAGUGUCAGACUCGUCAGUCCUGCAGGCCAGAAGAGGUAUUGUGGAUGCCCUAAACUCGAUGAUGGGUGUCUUCAUCAAGUGGCCAACUGGCAGCGAAGCAAACCGCGUAAAAAACUCAUUUGAAAGGAAGCGAGGCAUACGUGGAAUAAUCGGUGCCAUCGAUGGCACCCACAUCCCCAUUCUUGCUCCCCAACACAUGCCUGAGGGCCGAGGCCUAUGUGAACAGAAAGGGGUUUCACUCCAUCAACGUGCAGGCAGUGUGUGACGACAACAUGUUCUUCACGGAUAUUUAUGCCAGGUGGCCCGGUUCCGUACAUGAUGCGAGGGUGUUUGCCAGCUCUCCUCUCGGGCAGUCACUCGGUGAACGGCCGCACCAGCAGUGUCCAGGGGACACAUUCUUAAUAGGUGAUGCAGCCUAUCCACUAUGCCCCUCGUUGCUCACUCCUUUCCGUGACACUGGGCGACUGACGCAAGAUCAGAAAAACUAUAACUACGUGCACAGCAGCAGCCGAUCACAUUUAUUUACUCGACUUAAACACAUCUAGAAAUGCAGAUAACAUCUGCAUUUUCUCGUUAUGCAUCUCAUUAGAGCCAGCAGUAAAAUGCGGCCAGAUGUUACGGGCGUCAUUGAGGACAUUUUCCACGUCAUCAAAGAACACCCAUGUUUUCCGACCAUUGCCGGAUUUGGCGUUGUGGUCAACAACACUUUUAUACUUUCUGACCAGGUUUUUCCAAUUUGUUUUAACCUGCAAUCCUGUCACCUGAAGGAUAUUUUUAUAUUGUAGUAUUGCAAUGACUCGUGUGAUUGUUUCCAAUGUCGUUAUGUUACGUGUGUAAUUGUAAGAUUGCAAGUUUCAACAGACAACAAAUCGUAUAAAAUUAUUGAGAUAUUUGAAUCUAAUUUUUCUAGUUUUAUUCAUCUUACUACUUACGAUAGUAGUUACGAUAGAGUUAAACAGUUUCGCCCUAGCUGCUUACUUUUGAGAUUUUAUCUAAAAACAUGCAUGUAAGAUUACCACCAACAUAGGUCUUCAUAGUCCAACCGCAAUUUGUUCACAAACCCUUUUGUUUGGGGUACGUGAUGAGUUGAAUUUAUCGAGAUUUGAUUCCCGAAGUCUAAUCAACUCUCGUGUGGCCCCCUCGCUCCACACACAAUCAACCUCUGGCUGACUACCUGUGGGAGCUAUUCAAGAACUAAUGAAUCAUACGAAAGGAGUGGAUCCUACAGAUGGGAAACUUGCCAAAUACUGUUUAAAUUGAUAACACACUUGCUAGUGUUGUACAAACAGAAAACUAUUUGCUGUAUGUAAGCCUGCAUGAUAUAUAAAAAUAUAAUAAUCUCUGAUUUUGAACUUGAAA